AACAAGGUUCAACUCGAUCAACCACCGAUAGUUAUCGGGAAAGGUGCUAUGGGCGAGGUGUAUUUGGCCACCUAUCGAAAUGAAACAGUGGUAGUGAAAAAGAGCCAGCGGGACAUGGACAUUCUAUUGAAAGAGUACUCCAAUUACGCAAAAUUAGAAAACCACUAUAACAUAUUGAAAUUCUACGGAGUAAUGCGAGAUAGUCGUCAUUCCUUUUCACUCGUGUUAGAAUAUGCGCAAAAUGGAAACCUCUCCAGUUACCUCAAGACCCAUACCACCACCUUCAGUUUUAAAGCUCGGGUUUGUCGUGACAUAGCUCUUGGGCUGAUGCAUUGCCAUAAUAACAAUGUGCUUCAUUUUGACCUCAAACCGGAAAAUAUUUUGUUGGACGCAAAUCUAAUACCUAAGCUUGCAGAUUUUGGAAUUUCGAAAACAAAGUCCCAAAUGAUUCUUGACCACGGAAAAGCGGGCGGUACUCUAAAUUAUGUGGCACCUGAACGCGUUUGUCGAGAUUCAAAGAUGAGAGAAUAUUUCGAGAAGUUUCCCAAGUUAUCCGAUAUAUAUUCAUUUGGACUUAUUUUGUGGUCAGUUGCCAAGGACGGUGGACAUCCAUACGAGGGACUCGAUAAUGAACAAAUUAAAGAGCAUAAACGAAAUCCCACUUCGAUGAUAGAACUUUUAAGGAAACUUCCACAAGAUACACCCGAGGACUAUG